AUGCUCACCAAACCUCCUCAACUUGACUCCAAAAAAGCCGAUCGCGACACUCCCACAAUUGCUGCUCUGAAAUGUGCCUAUUCCCUGAUGCAGCAACGCAUCAUCUCCAACCCUAACGAUAUGAUGGGAAUCCUGCUCUUUGGCACCGAAAAGUCCCGCUUCCAGGACGAGAGUGCUUCUUCCAAGGGUCUCUCGUACCCUCACUGCUACCUCUUGACAGACCUGGAUGUUCCUGGAGCUAGAGAUAUCAAACGCCUGCGUGACCUCGUCAGCGAUGAGGAUCAAGCCAACGAAUUCCUUAAGCCUUCGACCGAUGCCGUAUCCAUGGCCAAUGUCUUGUUUUGCGCAAAUCAGAUCUUCACCACAAAGGCUCCCAAUUUCUCGUCGAGGCGCCUGUUCCUGGUCACCGACAACGACACGCCUCAUGAUGACGACAAAGCCUUGAGGUCGGCCGCCGCUGUCAGAGCAAAGGACUUGUACGACCUGGGCGUUGUCAUCGAGCUCUUCCCCAUCUCGAGUCCCGAACACACGUUCGAUCGCUCCAUCUUCUACAAUGUAUAUAUUUUCUCUGACUACUCUAUGAAUCUUGGCUCACACAAGACANNGGACAUCAUUUACAGCGCUAUACCUUCAGAUCCCGAUGCCCCUGCGCCUGUGACCAAGGCCUCCAGAGCUUCCGCCAGCGGUGAUGGUCUCACUCUACUACAAUCCCUCUUGUCCAACAUCAAUUCAAGAUCUGCUCCACGACGUGCCUUGUUCUCAAACAUACCUUUUGAGAUCGGUCCAGGUCUGAAGAUCUCCAUUAAAGGCUACAUAAUCAUCAAGCGCCAGGAACCCGCAAGAAGCAGCUAUGUUUUCAUGGGUGGAGAAAGACCCCAGCUCGCUGUUGGAUGUUCUACCCUCCAAGCAGAGGACACGGCAAGAUCGGUUGAAAAAGUUGAGAUCCGAAAAGCAUACAAGUUCGGAGGCGAGACUGUGUCUUUCACCCCAGAGGAGAUCUCGGAGAUCAGGCACUUCGGCGAUCCUGUUCUUCGCAUCAUCGGCUUCAAGCUCCUGAGUAUGCUACCUGUCUGGGCAAACUAUCGUCCGUCCACUUUCAUAUACCCCUCAGAAGAAGACAUCAUUGGCAGCACAAGAGUCUUCUCUGCUUUACAACAGAAGCUUCUCAGAGACCAAAAGAUGGCCCUCGCUUGGUACAUUCCUCGCCGCAACGCAACGCCUACUCUUGCUGCUGUCAUACCGGGAGCAGAAAGACUAGAUGAGGAAGGAGUGCAGGCCAUGCCACCAGGUCUGUGGAUUCACGUGCUUCCAUUCGCAGACGACGUCCGUCAGAUACCCGACACGACGGUGGUCCAGGCACCUGAUUCUUUGGUCGACAAGAUGAGGACUGUCGUCCAGCAGCUACAACUACCGAAAGCUGUGUAUGAUCCCAAAAAGUACCCCAACCCCUCUCUGCAGUGGUUCUAUCGCAUAUUGCAAGCUCUAGCUCUGGAAGAAGACUUGCCGGAAAAGCCCGAGGACAAGACUUUACCUCGCUAUCGCCAGAUCGACAAACGGGCAGGCCCUUAUGUCAUCGAAUGGGGUUCUGAGCUCGAGAAACAGUACGAGGUUUGGAAAAAGGCCAACGCUGGUCGUCACACUGCCACGGGUGCGACUAAGCGUGGCUCAGCAGCAGCGGGUGAAAGCGGCAAACGAACCAAGACGACCGCUGAAGGUACCUCCAAGUCGGGCGAUAGCAUCAGCGACGAAGACAUGCGCAAGGCCUUUGAGACAAAUAAGAUCAACAAACUCACUGUUGCAGUCCUCAAAGCUUGGUGCAAAGAGAAGGAUAUCAAGCUGCCGACAGGUGCGAAGAAAGGCGAUGUCGUUGACGAAGUGACGAGCCAUUUCGAGAACAAGAUGGCCAUCUGA